AUGAAAUUUCACAAAAAGCUGUUGAAAGAUCCAAAGGACAUACUGACAUUCAGCCUGGCAAUUGGUGACUUUGUCAUAUCGCUUAUCAUAACCCCACUGGCCUUCUCCUCCGCAGUAGCAAAGAAAUGGACAACAGGAAAGAGUGGUUGUGUUGCAUAUGGUUUAAUGAUAACCUGGACAGGUCUCUCGUCCAUACUUCAACUCACAUGUAUUGCCCUCGAGCGUUACUACACUUUGUCUCAUCCAAACAACACUAAUACGGCAAGGAAACGAGUGAUUCAAGUUGUUUUCUUAUGUUGGUCGAUCGCCCUCAUAGCAAGCGUCUUGCCAUUCUUUGGAUUUUCUAGUUACACUUUUGAAGGAUUUGGCCUCCAUUGUGGUAUUGUCUGGAGAUCCGAAAUAAUAUGGUACGUUUGGUAUUGUAUAGCACUUUUGUUCUUCUUCUACGUCCUACCAAUCGUUGCAAUCGCUGUCUCAUACGGCCACAUGUUUUUUAUUGUGCGAAAGGUUUGUCGCAACGCCGCAGCUACAUGGGGCUCCAAUGCACAAGUCACACGGCAUACGUACACAGCGCAAGUGAAGAUUACUAAACAGUUAGUCGUCGUUACAUGUGGAUUUCUUACCGCUUGGACCCCGUACGCUGUCAUGUCUAGUCUUCGAGUACUGACCGAUAUCGAAUUUGACAAUGGAUGGUACGAGCUGCCUUCUCUGUUCGCAAAAACAGCAAAUAUAUACAAUCCUAUAGUUUAUUUCUUCAUGUAUAGACGUCUUCGUCAACACGUUUUUAUAAUGUUGGAUGAAGUAUGGAAACAUACACGGCAAUCUUUAAUUUCAUUGUUAUGUCAUGUUGGUUCUAACAAUGCCAUUGGAUAAAUUAACCAUUAAUGAUGAAAAAGUGGAAAAAACUUGAAUAACAAUAAUUUACUUUAUUAUUAUUAUUAUUAUUAUUAUUACUACUUUAUUAAUUCCAAUACGGAACUAUUUCACGAUAUAAAACUACACUACAUAUACAUGUAUAGAGAGAAAACAAAUGAGUGAUCUUCCAAUAGACC